AGAUCCUCACACUACGUUAACGUGACGCUGGCGCCACAUUCUAAGAUUUGUUUUUUUUUUAUGAAAACGUGGAUCUAAUGAAAUACAUAUCAAUGAUGGCAUCUCAAAUGCGGCGUCCGUCGGUUGAUCCGAAGUGGACAGGUGCGAUGGUGCGUGCGACGACGCCGGCUUUGGUAGUGCGGUGCGUACUGUGGUGUGCGAUGCUGUGGGCGGGGCGCGCUCGGCCCGAGGGUCUGCUGCUGCUGUACCGACCCCGUGACGUGAGCGCUGAGUGCGCCGCCUCACACCACCUACGCUACGACCUCUCCUUCGGCAUGGGCAUGUCAGACACUAUUACUUUAGUGUUCCAUACCCUGAACGACUUUGACUACGGCUGCGAAGUUGAGAUUACGACGGAGUCGCCGGAGUUGUUCCUGCUGGUCGUGAUCCGGUAUCCCAACAGCAUCGCCAGUAACUGCGCGGCCAAUCGCGAUGCCUUCGUCGUGCUCAAACGCCGGCGCUGCCUGCGGCUGUGCGACCUGGCCGGCGGGAGAGACCUCCUCUCGCACUACUACGUCCUAACGCUGCGAGAGAAGAUACGGUUCCGCUUUGUCAGCAACAGUAGCGUUAACGCCGAUAUGAACGCAAAUAUGUAUCAAAUGAGCGUGACGGCAGCGCGCAGCGCGCCACCUGCAGGAUGCCGAGGCAACGAGACUGGCUGCAGCAUCGACGGCGGCGACUACUGCUUCACCAGCGGCGUGGUCUGCGACGGCGUCAACAACUGCGGCCUCGCCGACUGGUUCGAUGAGAGGCGUGCGCAAUGCGGGCUGCCGGCGGAGCGGCUGGCCGCGGCGCCGGUGGCGGCCUUGGUGUGUGCGCUGCUGUGCGCUUUGCUGGUAGCGGGCCGCGCGCUGCGCCGCUGCCUGCCACCUCCCGCUGCCUCUUUCUUCAUCUUCAACGCCAACGAGGACAACCGCCUCUGCAUCGCCACAGUUCACAUACCGCCCACAUGUAUCGAUGUUCCCGCAGAAUCUAUCAGAAAGUAUUCCAUUAUACCGGUGUUCUCGGAUACAUCGUGUGAGAACGACGAAGAGGACGUGGUAGCCGGCGCCGGGAUGCGGCCCUCGACCUCUAAGAUGGUCACAAUAGAAGAACAUGCCAGGGCAUCUGCGAAGCUUGAGGAAACAAAAAGUUCGCGGAGGAAGGUGACUUUAAUAGAAAGCGUGAGGGCGAGUUUGCAGCAGCGGAUGCGCUAUCUGGCUGGCCACGACCACACCUCCGGACAGCACUUCUGACAAACUGUAUUUCUUUCAUUUCUUACUUAUUUCCUUUAUUUGUACGAUGAAUUAGAUUUCUUCAUUUCUUUUCUUUUCAUUUAAAAGUAUUUUAAUGAACCCAAU